AUGAGCCAGGUGGGCGAAGCAUCGUAUGCGCUGGAUUGGCUCAACCGCAUCGAUGCGUUGCGCAGGACUGAUCCGAGAUAUUCGUGCCAUGCAGCCGCAGUGCAUACAGAGGCAAAUCGGUACACGAAUGUGGCUCCCUAUGAUGGCGCUGUCCUGCCUGGCCCCUAUAUCAAUGCCUCUCUGAUCCCACCCCUGCCAGAUGCCGAGCGUGGUUUCCCGUGCAUUGCAUCACAGGCACCGCUUCCUUCUACAUACCCGACAUUUUUUGAGCAUAUUUGUACCCAAAAAUCGCGGAUCAUUCUAAAUUUGACGCCGCUAGAAGAGCGAGGUAUACCCAAGAGUGAUCGAUACUGGCCGUGGGAUACGGCAUCGCCGCUCCUGAUAGGCCCGUGGUCCGUUACACUCUUGUCUAUCGAAAGUGCAUCUGAAGCAUUCCCUGGCACCAAGGCAGCGGCGCUUGACAAGCUGUGUGUUCGUCGAUUGCAGCUAUCGAGGCCAGGCAUGUCGCACCCUGUAACACAAUUGCACUUUGUCGGCUGGCCCGAUCAUGGUGACUUGGAUGUUCAGAGCUUUUGUGGUCUCCUCGAAGCGGUUCAUGCCGUUCAGGGCGAGUCAGCGACGCCCGCAUGGAUCCAUUGCUCGGCCGGCAUUGGCCGUUCAGGCACGGUGAUCGGCGCGCUUCUAGCGCAGAUGCAGCCGAGCUUGUUUUUCGCACAAGGCACCGCAUUAGAACAAGCUACGUACUUGACGGCCUAUAUGCGCAAGUUUCGUCCAGGUUCCGUGCAAACGCCGACGCAGCUCGUGUCCAUGGCCGCGACCUUAGCGGCACUCUGCUCGGGGGUAUAA